GAAGACGGGAUUGUAUGGUGGUAGUUGGUUAGCUGGGCAGUUGAGGCUCAGCAUUUAAUCACAAUUUCAGUAUUUUACCUGUACAACAAGAUUACAAACUCUAAACUACAACACAAUUGAGUAUAUGUCAUUGCAUAAGUCUGCUGAAGAAUCCCAACUCUCACAUCUAGUACUAAGAACUUUUUAUUUUACUCCCUUUUCUUACUUCGACCAUCCUCUUCAUAUAGAGUUUAUGCUCCUUCAAUGAAAACUUUCAACACUCAGGAAACCGCUACAGCUCCGCCUCUAUCUCAUCCAAAACAGAGACGGAGGAGGUGUAAGUUUGCUGUCCUGGCCACUCUUCUGCUCUUGUUAGCAAUAAUAAUUGUAGGGAUUAUCUUAGGAGUGACGGUUUUUAAGGUUAAACCUGCGAGGACUCAGGUGGCGUCUGCUUCCUUGGAAGGUGUUGCUCCCAGGAUUUCUUUCCCAGCCAUAAAAGUAGAGCUAAAUAUCACUCUCAACCUCACUCUCCUGAUUCAGAACCGCAAUCAUGCCAGCUUCAAAAGUGAUCAAGGAGAGGGUGUAUUGCUGUAUCAAGGAGACCGGGUUGGGGAUACUCAGCUUCAUCCCGGGCUGAUUCCAGCGAGGGGUACAUCCACUUUGACUUGCCUUCUUACUGUGGAGGUUGAUAGGUUUGCAAAUUCAGGACUGACAUCCCUCUUCAGCGACAUAGCUGACGGAGAGCUACGCUUGGAAACCAAAACCAGGAUCCCAGGAAAGGUGACUAUUCUGAGAAUCUUCCAUAAGCAUAUCGUCUCCGCCUCUGAUUGCCAGAUUGUAAUCGGAUUUCCAGAUCUGAAAAUAAAAAGUCAAGACUGCAAGAACCACAACAAAUUUUGACUUCCUGUCAGCUUUUGCUGCUAUCUUUAUGAUGUUAAAAUAUGGAGACACACUUCCCUUUUGUACAUAAAAACAUAAUUACAGUUCUUGGCACCUCGUACUUGUUUGAUACUUUAUAUUAUAAGUACAACUUUUUUGGUUUUUAAUGAUUCUUUUCGCUCUUUUAGACUUUAUUAUCUCACUUUCUUGUGGUAGUUUUACUCAGUAAACAGUAACAAUUCAGGUAAAAAGCACCAACUACAUUUGGAGUCAGUGUGUCUUUUCUGUAUGGCCAACAACUACAGUAUGCAAAGAAAUAUUUAGUGGAUGAACAACUAGCCUUAUUGUGAAAUUUGAUCCAUGUUAUG